AUGUGCACCUAUGCGCGGACCGUCUUCGAAUGCAAGCACCACGCCUGGGGCCGGCGCCUCAAGCUCUGCGCCGUUGCCGAAAGUCACCGGGCCGGCGACCUCCCCAGCGGAUGCGCCCUGCGCAAGCCGCACGGCCUGCACUCGCGCAGGGUCCCCCGGCAGUGCCACAAGUGCAGCGAGCUGGACCGCAAACGCAGCCUGCUGAGGGCCAAGCUCGACGAGUGCCGCGAGAUGUUUCACAGGCAGUACCCCGAGUACGGGAUCGGACUCGACAUCGGCGCCGGAGAAGACAUGGAGCAAGCAAGUGAUGGGCUGGGCAGCGAGGACGAGGACGGAGGGAUGGGCUCGGACACGAGCAGAUCGGUCACGGCGGGGAUAUAA